AACUCAACACACCCCAGAAAUAGCUCAUUCAUUUUUCUUAUUUCAUUUCCCCUAUUUUUACUCUUUCCUUCCUCCUUUUUUAGGGUUUUUCCUUUCACACUACACUCUGCCCCUCCCCUUCCUCUUCUACUCCUCUUUAUAUGCUUAAUCUGCCAUGUCUAGUUUGUAUCCUCAGAAUUUGAACUUCUCUCCGGCCAGAAACAUCCCUUCUCCCCAUCUCAGGGCCAACCCUGAUGCCGAGAGCCAGUAUUUGACGGAGAUGCUGGCGGAGCGGCAGAAACUCGGCCCUUUCAUACAAGUCCUCCCUAUUUGUAGCCGCCUCUUGGAUCAAGAAAUACGCAGACUUACUGGAAGAAUCACCAACCAUGGGUUUAAUGAUUAUGACAGGCUACAACGUGGUAGUCCUAAUUCUGUGCCUUCUCUGGACGUGAUGCCUGAUGUUGGUGGAAAAGGUUUAGGUAGCUGGAACGGAAAUGGCUGGAACAGCAUGCAACAUGAGCAUAUGCUAGGAGGUCCACAGGGUAUGACAAUAGACUGGAAACCACCUGGAAGUCCUAGUUCGUUCCUAGUUAAGCGUGUACUGCGCUUGGACAUACCAGUUGAUAGAUAUCCGAAUUUCAAUUUUGUGGGAAGACUCCUAGGUCCACGGGGCAAUUCCUUGAAGCGUGUGGAAGCUUCUACUGGAUGUCGUGUCUUCAUCAGGGGGAAAGGUUCAAUUAAGGAUGCUGACAAGGAGGAGAGCUUGAGGGGAAAACCAGGCUACGAACACUUAAAUGAACCGUUGCAUAUUCUAAUCGAGGCAGAAGCGGCCGAAGUACCUGCUAGUAUCGUUGAUGUAAGACUGAAACAAGCCAAGGACAUCAUUGAAGAACUGCUGAAGCCUGUGGAUGAGUCCCAAGACCUAUACAAGAGACAACAGCUUAGAGAACUGGCGAUACUUAACAAUAUCAAAGAAGAGAGCCCUCAGCCAAGGGGGAGCGUGUCUCCCUUCAGUUCCAGCGGGUUAAAACGCCCCAAAACCAGUUGGUAAUGGUAAUAGAUAUCUCAUCUCAUAUUCUCUACUGGUCUAGGGGUUGGUUCCUUGAGAAGAAGCUGUGAAGGUUGUAAUGCCAUAUCAUAGUCGAAGAAGAUGCAUAUCUCCGAUCCAAAUGUUGGCAAUCAAGACUAGGCUCACAAAUGUGGGCCCAUGAACUUCAAAUGCAACAUGGUUGUGAUGUGAGAACGAAGGUCGGGGAAUGGAUUGCUUUACUACUGCUUUGUCGAUAUAGGUCUUGUUAGAGGAGUCUUGUAUGAUAAUUAUUGGAUUUAUUUGUUGUUUUUUAAAAAAAACUAGUUAUGCCUUCUUUUUUUUUUCAUUUUUCGCUUUCGUUUAGAUGGUAGAAGAUGCAUUUUGAACCUUUUUGGUACAAUUUCUCAGCCUAUUAUAGGGUUUGAGUAUAUGUUUAUGACAUCUAAAACCAUGUCAUAAUAAUGAUGUUACGGAUGCUUCGCCGUUGCCUUAUUAUAUAUGCUACUCUUUCUCGGCUA